UCCCAGCUCUCCAGAGGUGAAACCUGGAGCUGCCAAGUCCCGUGUGAGUGCUGCUGCAUGAGUUCCCACGCCCUGCCAGCUCCCACGGGCCCCUGACAUCUGAUGACAGAGCGAGCCAUGGGCAGCGUCCGAGUCAAUCGGUACAGCAUCGUCUCAACUGAAGAGGAUGGCCACAAGGUCUCUGCGCUGGGCAGCAUGAACGGGCACAGCCACAACGGGAAGGGCCAUGCUCCCCGCAGGAAGCACCGCAACCGUUUCGUGAAGAAGAACGGCCAGUGCAACGUUUACUUUGCCAACCUGAGCAACAAAUCUCAGCGCUACAUGGCCGACAUCUUCACCACCUGUGUGGACACGCGCUGGCGGUACAUGCUGAUGAUCUUCUCCGCUGCCUUCCUGGUCUCCUGGCUCUUCUUCGGCUUCCUCUUCUGGUGCAUCGCUUUCUUCCACGGUGACCUCAAUGCACCAGCUGUGGCAGGUAGUCCCUCUCUCCUCAAGCCCUGCAUCAUGCACGUGAACAGCUUCCUGGGGGCUUUUCUUUUCUCAGUGGAGACACAGACAACCAUCGGGUACGGUUUCCGCUGCGUGACUGAGGAGUGCCCGCUGGCUAUCAUGGCAGUUGUGGUGCAGUCCAUAGUGGGCUGCGUGAUUGACUCCUUCAUGAUUGGCACUAUCAUGGCCAAGAUGGCAAGGCCCAAGAAGCGGGCCCAGACCCUCCUCUUCAGCCAUCAUGCGGUCAUCUCCGUGCGGGAUGGCAAACUGUGUCUCAUGUGGAGGGUGGGCAACCUGAGGAGGAGUCACAUUGUGGAGGCCCAUGUCCGAGCCCAGCUCAUCAAACCCUACAUGACAGAGGAAGGGGAAUACCUCCCCCUGGACCAGCGGGACCUUAAUGUGGGCUACGAUGUGGGUCUUGAUCGUAUAUUUUUGGUCUCACCCAUUAUUAUUGUUCAUGAGAUUGAUGAGGAGAGCCCCCUCUAUGGGAUCGGCAAGGAAGAGCUGGAGACGGAGAAUUUCGAGAUUGUGGUUAUUCUGGAGGGGAUGGUGGAAGCCACAGCCAUGACCACACAGGCACGAAGCUCUUACCUUGCUAGUGAAAUCCUUUGGGGUCAUCGUUUUGAACCAGUUGUGUUUGAGGAGAAGAACCACUACAAAGUGGAUUACUCGCGCUUUCACAAGACGUACGAGGUAGCUGGCACACCUUGCUGCUCAGCCCGGGAACUGCAAGAAAGCAAGAUGACCAUCCUACCUUCCCCACCACCUCCCAGUGCCUUCUGCUACGAGAAUGAGCUGGCACUCGUCAGUCAAGAUGAAGAUGAAGAUGAUGAUGAAGUAGGUGUGGUGUUAGGGGGCAACACCAAGGAGGAGGGAGGUAUCAUCCAGAUGAUGGAUUUUGGAAGCCACCUGGACCUGGAGCGGCUCCAGGCAACUCUGCCUCUAGAUACAAUCUCAUACCGCAGGGAGUCAGCCAUCUAACUCCUCCAGCCUCCCUGUUCCACACCCAUUGCCCACAGCCUCCUCUGUUCUGUACCCAUACAUUGGAUAAGUCCCUUCACCAUCAAAUAAUGCCUCCCAUGAUUGCCUCUCAGCCCCCAAAUACACCAAGGCCUGGAGCUGCUCUGACAUCCUCCCUUCUCAUGAGGUCAUACUGCCUGGAAGAGGAGUGAGGAUACACUACUCUUUCCGGGUAUGCAGCUUGGGCUAGAACCCUUUUCCUGCCCAGGGACAGGAGAGCAGCAGGCCUGGUUUCUUGUCUCUGGGGAGGUGACAGGAGUCUUCACCUUCAGUGGAGGACAGACUGGGGCCCACAGCAAGUGUUUCUGCUGCUGAGGCAACAGCAGACUUUCUGUCCCCUCUCACUAAGGGUAGGCUCCACGGCAGUCAAGGGUCAUCGCUGUCACUGGGAGAGGAGUGACACCUAAGCACUGAUC